GAUCACCUUUUUUUUUUUUUUUUUAUUGGCUUUUCCUUUCCCUUACUACACUUUCACACAGACCACAGGUACAAAGUUUUCCCACCAUCCAAACCGUGGGCGAAUCCUCUACUCAUCCAUGGCGCCUCACAAGAAAUCUAAGAAAAGCAAAAGGGAACUAAAAAAAUUGAAGAAACGCAAAAACGUAAAUGGUGUGGUUCCCGUAGAACCCAAAACCAUUGAAUCCGACUGGUGGGACGCUUUCUGGCACAAGAACUCUUCAACCCAAGGUGGCUGAUUUUAGCCCAGAUUCGAGCAGGACCCUGCUGUUCUUGCUGAGUUAUGUCAUGCUUCCACGAGGUGAGCCCCUUUUGACAGUGUUUAAGCUUCUUCCUCAUAGUUCCAGCCAAGUUGUCUCCCAUUGCCACCUUGUUCCAAGCUUCCUCUAUCACAGCACCACUGCCCUCUUUGACUUCCCAGGCUGCCUCAUACCUGAACACCCUUUGUCUCAUGUUCCUCCCUCUAGCAUGAUGAGUUAUGCCAAUAUUGAGGGAUGAAUGGUCAGAUUUUACAGCUGCCAGCACAUUGCAGGAAGCUAAGUUGAAGAGGUCCAACCAUUCUUUGUUAGCCAUAGCCCUGUCUAUUUUCUCCUUUGUGAAUCCCCUCCCACUUCUAUCAUUCAAUCAAGUGAAUCUUUGUCCUGAACAUGGUAUGUCUCUGAUGCCACAAUGUUCUGUUGCCAGCCUUCACAUCUCAAUUUUCCUGUAGGGUCUACUGGGACCUCCAGCUUUUUCUUUUUGAUGUAGUAUUUUGUUGAAGUCGCCUGCACACAACCAAGGGAGUUUUGGUUCAGGUUUAAGCAUCUUGAGAAGCUCCCAGCUACCUUUUCUUUUCACUGUGUCGGGGUGCCCAAAAAAACCAGUGAAUUGCCAGGGGUUACUAGCAUCAUUGUCUAUGAUCAUAGCACUUAUAUGCCAACGAGUGUAGUUAAUAACUUUGACCCUUCCACCCCCCCUUCCAUAGUAGAGCAAUACCACCACUUAGGCCCACACUUUCUAGAUCAAUACAGCCAUCAGAUUUUAAGGAUCUCCUCACUUCUUCCAUUUUAAUUUUAUUGCAUUUAGUUUCCACAAGGAAAACUAAGUUGGGUCACUUCUCCUUAGUUUAACCUUCUAAGGAUUCGAAUUGUGCGAGGGUUCCCAAACCCUCGACAAUUCCAAAUUAAGAGACUCAUUUGGAGGGGCAGCGCUGGAAACCAGCCACUGCCAUGUGUUCUUGAUUCUCAAACCCAACAUCAUUGUUCUUGGUCUUUUUUGAUAAGAGAGCCCCCUCCUUUCCACCUCUCAUCCCUCUCCUUUUUGAUCCAGCUUCUUGUUGGAUGUUUGUGACAUCACUUAAAGUAGUGCUGGGAUUAACCUUUCCCCUAGCCUUUCUCUUCCAUCUACCACCUCUAUUACUUUCACCUUGCUCAUUACUAAGGGGUGUAGAGACCAUAUCAGUAGUAUUGGGGUUCUGUAUGGGCAAGGGGUCUUGGCUUUUUGUGGUGUCAUUUAUGGCCUCAGGAUGUUGUCUCCCCUCCCUUUGACUGGUAGUUUGAGAAUUGCUAGUUGUUGUGAACAUUACUUUAGAUGCACGGCUAUCUCCCUGGACAUUAUCCAAGUCCAAAUCCAUCAUACAGACUGAACUUUUGGGCCUGUCAUUACUGUCUCCUGGAUGAAUUUGUUAUCCUUAUUAUUGCUCACCUCCUCAACGCCACUCAGCUUUUGUCCCCUAGUCAUAGUUACUUGAUUGCAAAAGGGUUCAAAAGGCUCUUGCUCAUUGUUUACCCCACACACAUAGUUCUUUGUACCUGAAUAGCAGUCUGCUUUCCUCGUGGGUUUAGUAUGCUCAAACUCUCCCUCUUCACUCUACCAGAUCUGAGCCAUUGUCGUUCUGAAGGCUUCAUUGUUGACCCCUUUCUCAGAGAGAACUCUGCCAAUGACACAGUGCUUUCCUUGAGCAGAGUCAUCUUUUGGCCCUUCAGACUGGAUCUGGAUAACAGAAGUUUCUUCAUUUGACAAAUGGAGCUGUUCCCACGUUUAGUUAAAUCUUCCACCAUCGUCGCAGACAAAGUUGCACCCUCACAGCCAGUGAGACCAUGCCAUUUGUCGAAAAACAACAGCACUAACCCUACUCAGACUUGAGAGAGAAGAGAGGCACUUUUUUCGUAGCUAGCUUGCUGAUCUAAGCAGACUUCUACAUUGAAAUUGGAAAGUCUACACUAACAAAUACUGAAAUGACUCGCUAACCAAACACGUUAAGCCUAUAAGAUCUUUUUUCUUUUCUUUUUUCUUGAAUUAUUCACAAAAGACCCUAUUUUUAGAGAUUCUUUUUGCUGAUGAUGGACUUGUGAGUGUGCGGGAUGACUCCACCUCCAUCACCUCCAUCAAUAGUUUCUCUGAUCAGCGUGUUGAGCUCCUCCUCUCCUCUGAUUGCCAGCUUCAAAUGCCUGGGUGUCAUUCUCUUUACCUCCAAAUCUUUGCUUGCAUUUCCAGCCAGCUCAAGCACCUCUGCAGUCAGGUACUCCAGAAUUGAAGCCAAGUAAACAGCAGCAGUUGCCCCAACACAGCCAUUCACAGAGAUCCUCCUUUUCAGUUGCUGAUGAAUCCAACCCACAGGAAACUGACUUCUGGACGGGAAGACUUGGAAACAGGUCCUUUCUUGUCCUUGUUAGCUGCAGUGGUCUUGACUGCCAAUUGGCCCUUCCCUCCUUUCCCCGGCAUUGCUUACCUGAGAGUGUUGGAGAGGGAAGAGGUGAAAAUUGCAGCAUUAAAUGGUGGCAUUUGAAUGUUGUUUGGUGCCCAAUGAUGAAGCUGAAGGCUUCAAGUAUUUCUUCAGAGUUUCAAAGAAGACUUUUGGAUACAUCUGUUCUCUUGUAAGAGAAGAUCUUAUAUCGAGGCCACCAUCGGGGCUGAUCAACAUUGAGGGAAGGCUUCUUAGCGUUGAAAAACAGGUUGCGAUUGCCUUGAGAAGGUUGGCAUCUGGUGAGUCCCAAGUGUCAGUUGGGGCUGCAUUUGGGGUUGGCCAGUCCACUGUUUCUCAGGUGACAUGGAGAUUUAUUGAAGCACUGGAAGAACGUGCCAAGCAUCAUCUGAAGUGGCCUGAUUCCAAUAGAAUGGAGGAAAUCAAGUCCAAAUUUGAAGCAUUCUUUGGGCUGCUGAAUUGUUGUGGAGCCAUUGAUGCAACACACAUCAUCAUGACCCUUCCAGCUGUACAAACCUCAGAUGAUUGGUGUGACCCAGAGAAUAAUUACAGCAUGCUCUUGCAGGGAAUUGUCGAUCAUGAAAUGAGAUUUCUUGAUAUUGUUACAGGUUGGCCAGGGGGAAUGACGGUUUCUAGGCUAUUGAAGUGUACUGGAUUCUUCAAACUCUGUGAGGGCGGAGAGCGUUUGAACGGAAAUGUAAGAACUUUAUCUGGAGGAGAGGAAAUUAGAGAAUUUAUAGUUGGCGGGGGUGGGUAUCCUCUUCUUCCUUGGCUCUUAACUCCUUAUGAAACUGACGGUCUCUCAGCAUCCAUGUCCACUUUCAAUGCCAUGCACGAGGCUGCAAGGUUGCUUGCAGUGAGAGCAUUCUCACAGGUAAAGGGUAGUUGGAGAAUUCUUAAUAAGGUAAUGUGGAGACCUGAUAAGCGAAAAUUGCCUAGCAUUAUCUUGGUAUGUUGCUUACUGCACAAUAUUAUAAUCGACUGUGGAGAUAAUCUACUUCAAGAUGUAGCUUUGUCUGGUCAUCAUGACUCGGGAUAUGGAGAACAGUUCUGUAAGCAAGCUGAUCCAUUGGGAAGGACACUGAGGGAAAAGCUGGCCAAAUACUUCCACCAUGGCAAAGAGAAAGCUCCAUCAAAGUAAUCUGUUUCCAUUCUUUGCACAGUACUAGCUCAACCUCCGGAAUCUGGUUUCUUGUAAAGCUUCAUUUUGGCAUGGGAGCAAAGACUAAGAUGUUUGAAGUGCCAUUUGGUUUUCUAAACAUGAAUUAUAUUAAUGUUUUCCUAUCUUUUUUGGGAAAAUGUCGGGAUCACAGAUUCUUUGCAUCUAGAGGAUCAGUUUCGUAUGGUGUGGAUUAAUCUCAUUCUAACAACUACUGUAAUUAAGUACGAGGUUUCGUAUGAUUAAUUUAAAUCAUUUGAGAAUCA